GUCCUACGUUAUUGGGCGAUGAAGUAAAAAUUGGAAAAAAUGUUUCUGAACAAAUUCUAUGGGCCUGUUUGACUGACUUGAGGAAAUGCAGAGUCAACCUACUUGACGCCAUUUUUUUUGAUAAGCAAACCGUUAACAUUUAUAGCAUAAGCAAUUCAAUGAAAAAUGAUGUAAGUAUAGCUAACAUUGCGAAGUACACGAGUAUACAGAACAAUAGUUUCAAAAGCGAUAAUCGACACAAGAAUAUAAAAAAGUGAUUUAUUUGUUUAUAUAAAAUACUGAUUUGUACCGAUAAAGCUUAUAUGCGUUAGACGUUAAAGUUAGCACAUAUCACGAUGGUCACUUCCAAGAUCGUACUUCCUUUGCUAUUUUUGGCGUUAGGGGCAUCUAUUGAUUUGCACGGGGCCAAUAUCUUCACGUUCACCAAAAAAAUUAUUGAGAAGUUGCUGACAGAUCCCCAUGAUUGGGAGACCAACAUUCUGUUCAGUCCUUUUUCCUUGGAACUUGCACUGGGUAUUGUGGGACUUGGAGCAAGUGGAGAAACGUUCCAGGAGCUCAUAGAUCUUGCAGGUACGCAUUUGAUAGAAGUUAGUGAGCACGAACACGGCUACGCGAAAAGAAUUCUGGGUCGCAUGAGUCAGCUGAGCGAAGGUAAAAUUAACGUCAAACUUCAAGCUGGCGCAGUCUUAGCCCUAAACUCGAAUAACAUGCCUUACAAAAAGUUCCUAGACGAUGCUCGCCGGUGGUACAAAGUAGAGCUACAACCGUUGAACUUCGAUUGGUCGGAAUUGGCGUCCGUCAAUAUAAGUGACUAUAUUGCCGACAAAACCAGCGGGAGGAUCAAUAACCUGGUACUCUUCAAAGAUGUUAAUGACAAUGCCCCACUUAUGGUGGUCAGUUAUCUAGAUGUGACUUCCAAAUGGUUGACUCGUUUUGAUGACAAAAGCACCCUCAUGGGCCAAUUUCACACCAUUAAUGGAGAAUAUGAACUAAAAUAUAUGAUAAAUGGCGAAUUCUAUGCCAAUAUCACCCAUAACCUGGAUUUGGAGGCAAAAAUUCUAAGAUUGCCACUUCAAGGAGGAAAUCUGUCGAUGACCUUUGUGCUGCCGGAUAAGAAGCAAGGGAUACACAAACUUCAAAGGAAGCUUAGAAAGAAUCUGGACAGCCUGUGGUCGGAUAAUUCGAAGUACAGCUUUGAAUUAUUGCGAACGCAUAUUACGCUACCGAAGUUCAAAAUUGAGCAUAAGCUAAACGCAAAAAAGGUUCUUAAUCAGCUGGGAGUUAACAAGAUAUUCGAGCCGGAUGCAGAAUUGCAGAACUUGGCGGAAGGGAACGGCCUCUGUCUCACCGGAAUCACGCAAAAAUCGGUGAUAAGUGUCGACGAAUGGGGUAUCAAUGCAGUAUCAGCUGAUCGUAAGUCUUAUAUCCACGUAAAACUGUCAAUAUUUUGCAAACAUAGAAAAUACAAAGGUCACUUAUUUUACUGUGAAGAACAUUGGCUCUUAUCAAAACCUUCGGCCGAAGUCGAAGCCGGUAAUUGGCUUUUAUCAAAACCUUCAGUCGAAGCCAAUAAUUGGCUUUUAUCAAAACCUUCACCCAAACCCGAAGCCGAUCAUUGGUUUUUAUCAAAACCUUAAGCCAAAGCCGAAAAUUGGCUUUUAUCAACACCUCCAAUCGAAGCCAAUAAUUGGCUUUUACUAAAACCUUCACCCAAACCCGAAGCCGGUAAUUGGCUUUUAUCAAAACCCUCAGUCGAAGACGAUAAUUGGCUUUUACUAAAACCUUCACCCAAACCCGAAGCCAGUAAUUUGCUUUUAUCAAAACCUUCCGCCGAAGCUGAUUAUUGGCUUUUCUCAAAAUCUUCAGCCAGAGCCGAUAAUUGGUUUUUAUAAAACAAUCGUUUGAGGUUGAUGAUUGGCUUUUAUCAAAACUGCCUUCUUUAUUGAAACCUUUGGCCGCAGCCAAUACUUGCCUUUCAUCAAAGCCUUCGGCCCAAACCGAUCAUUGGCGUCUGGUCUACUCAAUCCAAGUAACGCUACAACAAAUUUAAUGAAACUAUUGCGUUUUGAUUUAAUCAAACUAGUUUCAUAGAUUCAAGUAAGCCGCUUUAGAAGUCGAAGCUUGAUAAACUGAAUAAACUUAACUUAAUUGGCGUAAAUAAAGUUUUAAUUGGCUUACAUUCUUUAUCGGUGCACAUUACGCGAAAUGUGUGAGUACAUGUUUUUCGAAAUAUUGAGCCAUUUCAGCCGCAGGUCGAAUGUGGCGCCGAAAGUGUGUUUUUUUGGGCGAUCAACAAAAUCAACCUCCGUUAUUUUCUAUGAAUCAUAUUUUUGCAUCCUCCGCAUUGCAGAUAUCAAAUCAGACGAUGACUAUCAAGACGAAAUGAUAGAAGAAGAAGAAGAAGAGAGGAAGAUGGUUCCAAUAGAAGAAUUCUUCAUCGCAGAUCGCCCGUUCUUUUUCACUCUGACUAUUCAGCCU